AUGACUUUGAACACUGAUGUGGCUUCGACGUAUCCGCUCGAUACCUAUCUUUCAGAAGUUGACCGACUUUUGACAUCAUCGGCGCCUCGACAAGAAUCUGCUGUGGGCUCUACCGAGUCAAUUCCACAUCGGAGGUUAUUUCAGGCUCAACACCGAAAGCUGUCGGCUGAAGACAAUCAAUAUCUUAGUUUUAAAGCGGCCUUUGAACUUGUCCCGAAAUCGCUUCAGAUUACACUGCUCGUAGCAUACGUCAAAUAUGUCCAUCCUCUUCUGCCAGCCUUGGAUCUCAACAGAUUCUUGACUAGCCUCAUAGUCGAAGACGAUACAAAAUUCGAAAGUCCCCUGGUUUAUCAAGCUGCCAUGAUGGCAAGCGCCGCUUUCGUCAGUGACGACGACAUUGUGACUGCUGGAUUUCAUUCACGAAACUCGUUGCGAAAAGCUCUCUUUGAGAGAACCAAGUUACUUUAUGAGUUUGAGACAGAACCUAACUUGAUCUCCCAGAUUCAAGCUUUGCUUCUGAUGACCCUGUGGUACGAAGCUGACUCACACCACAAAGAUCCUUACUACUGGCUAGAUCUUGCAUGUACUGCAGCGGAACGUAAAGGUCUUCUUCCCAGUCUCUAUUUAGAUGAUCUAUCUCCGAGACAAAAUCUGUGGUGGUGUCUAUACGCCCGCGAUCGCAUGAUUUCGCUUGCAUUUCAGCGGCCGUUGCGAAUUCAAAACAAUACCUUGCAAAUUUCCAUGCUGAGCUUCGCAGACUUAAAAUAUGAGACUUAUCCCGCCCUUGUUCAUGAGACUCUGGGAUCAAACUCCGAAAUUCUGUGUCAGUGGAAUCAAGAGAAAUCAUUUGCGUUAUUCAAAGAACAAGUCAAACUCACUCACUGCAUUGGGAUAAUGCUGGAAUAUUUAUAUCAGGGUGCAUGGGAACCUUCAUUUCUGAACGAUAACUAUUCUCUUAUGCCUACAAAGUCCCCAUCAUUAACCAUGAUCAAUGCUUGUGAGGAUUUCCUGAAAGCUUGGAUGCGUGAUCUCCCCAAAUCAGCUCAAUACGACCCUUCCGAUUGCCCUCUGUCGGAACCCAUGAAUAGAGUUUUCAUGGUGCACCAGGCGUUCCUUCGUCUCUUAUAUAUGACUGCAAUGUCUAUAUUGUAUAAAACAGAGGAUGAUGACAACUUGACAUCGAAUCGAGCCCAAGAUCGGAGAGAUUUGAAAGCCGAAAUUGACAGGAUGCUAGUUGAGUUAUGCGAUUUCAACCUGCUCUUGUUUCUCCCCGCAGCCACUGUGACUAUUCUCAAAUGCGGUCUUGAGACAAGCCUUCUGGACUUGAAAGUUUCAGACCGCACCCUGAGGCUACAAGCCCUAUCAAGUCUCUACACGUUUGAGCAGGCGGCAUGGAAUUUACUUCCAAGCUACCCAUCUAUGGAACAUGUUCUUUGGAGAGCUCAGAUGGCCCGAUCGAAUCUUUUAGGGUUGGUGGAAACCUGA